GAGUGCUUCAGAGCAGGACUCUCCAAUAAUGGCAGAUAUGGGAUCAGGCAGCAGGAUGUGCAGGACUCAGCUCUGGCUGUUGGACUUUCUGGUCUUUUUCGUUCUGGCUUCAUUUGCUGAUGGAUCUCCAUUGAAGUUGAUGGCUGCCCCCAAUGUGUUGCGGGUAGGAACACCAGAAAACAUCUUUGUGGAGUGUCAAGACUGCACUGAUGAUAAUGACAUCAGGGUUGAAAUCAUUGCAAUUACCUAUCCAACCAAAUCCAAAAGACUGGCAUCUACAUCUGUGACCCUCACCCGUGCAAAAAGUUUCCAAGACUUUGGACAAAUUAAGAUCCCUGCUGGUGACUUCAGUAAGGAUCCCAACAUAAACCAGUAUGUGUACCUGCAAGCUAAGUUUCCUGACGCAGAACUGGAGAAGCUUGUCUUAGUGUCCUUCCAGUCCGGGUACAUCUACAUACAGACUGACAAGACCCUCUACACUCCCAACAGCAAAGUUCAUUACAGGAUGUUUGCAGUGACACCCAGCAUGGUGCCUGUGGAGAGGGAUAAUGAAACCCGAUCUGAUGCUUCAAUUGCCAUUGAGAUUGUGACCCCAGAAGGUAUCAUUUUACCACUUGAUCUAGUCUCUCUGAAAUCAGGAAUGCUCUCUGGAGAUUACAAACUCAGUGAAGUUGUCAGUAUCGGACUGUGGAAAGUGGUGGCGAGGUUCCACAACAAACCACAGUUGAGCUACUCUGCACAGUUCGAGGUCAAAGAAUACGUGCUGCCCAGUUUUGAGGUGAAACUGACGCUUGAGAACCCCUUCUUCUACGUGGACAGUGAAGAGCUUACCGUCAAUAUCAAAGCUACAUAUCUGUUUGGUGAGGAGGUAGAAGGGACAGCCUAUGGGGUAUUUGGGGUUAUGCAUGAGGGUCAAAAAAAGAGCCUCCCUAGCUCUCUUCAGAGAGUGCAGAUCGAGAGAGGUGAGGGAACGGUCAAACUGAAGAAAGCAGACAUAAUACAGACCUUCCAAAACAUCUUCGACCUUGUGGGGAGUUCCAUAUUUGUAGCUGUUGGUGUGUUGACGGAGAGCGGUAGUGACAUGGUGGAAGCAGAGUUGAGAAAUAUCCAGAUUGUCACAUCACCAUACACCAUCCACUUCAAGAGAACACCCAAAUAUUUCAAACCAGGAAUGUCCUUUGAUGUUGCGAUUGAAGUUGUGAACCCUGAUGGCACUCCAGGACAAAAUGUAGAUGUAGUGGUGGAUCCGGGUGAGGUGUGGGGCACCACUUCAACCAAUGGCAUGGCAAGGCUUUCUAUCAAUACACAGAAAAAUCCUGAACCAAUGAUAGUCACAGCAAAGACUGCCAUUCCUGGUAUUAUACAUCAAAGGCAAGCAUCAGCCAACAUGACAGCUCUCCCAUAUAACACGAACAGCAACAGUUACAUCCACAUAGGUGUGGAUACAGCUGAAGUGGCAUUAGGAGACAACAUGAAAAUCAAUCUCAUCCUCAACAGGCAGGAAAGCACAGAAAAAAACAUCACAUACCUGAUCCUAAGCAAAGGUCAGCUUGUGAAAUAUGGCAGUUGCAGGGUAAAAAGUCAAGUACUAUUAUCCAAAAUGGUCACCAUUACUAAACACAUACUGCCAUCGUUCCGCAUCGUAGCCUAUUUCCAUACAAAUGAUAACGAAGUGGUAGCAGACUCUGUUUGGGUGGAUGCAAAGGACUCCUGCAUGGGCUCGUUGAAACUGGAAUCUGCAAGAGCUUCUUCAUCCUAUGAACCUCGCAAGAUGUUUCCUCUGAAGGUCACUGGAGAUCCAGGAGCCACUGUGGGACUGGUGGCAGUUGACAAAGGCGUCUAUGUUCUCAACAACAAGUACCGCCUCAACCAGAAAAAGGUGUGGGACAUGGUAGAGACGUACGACACAGGCUGCACGCCAGGUGGAGGGCAAGACGGUAUUAGUGUGUUCUACGAUGCUGGGCUGUUGUUUGAGUCCAAUACUGCUUCCGGGACCCCCUUAAGACAAGAAUUGAGAUGUCCAGCCCCAAGUAGGAGGAAACGAUCCACUGCUAAAGUCACCUCCAGCUUAGCAAGUCAAUAUGAAGAUCAACUGCAGCGUGACUGUUGUUUGGAUGGCAUAAGGAUCAUCCCUAUUUCAUACACCUGUGAGAGACGUAGCGAGUACAUUACGGACAGCCCAGACUGCAUCGAGGCUUUCCUGCACUGCUGCAAAGAGAUGGAAAACCAGCGAGAUGAGAGGAAGCAGGAUAGUCUCCAACUAGCUCGCAGUGAGACGGAUGACAGUUACAUGGACACCAAUGAAAUAGUUUCUCGCACCAAGUUCCCUGAAAGUUGGCUGUGGUCAGAGAUCAGAUUGCCUGCUUGCCCUCAACAUACGCCAAACUGUGACCCCACAUCUGUUUUAAAAAAUAUUCCUUUGCAAGACUCAAUCACAACCUGGCAGUUUACUGGCAUUAGUCUGUCGAGAACUCACGGUAUCUGUGUGGCCAAACCAUUAGAGGUCAUUGUCAAGAAGGACUUUUUCAUUGAGCUAAGGCUUCCUUAUGCUGCUGUCCGUGGAGAGCAGCUAGAAGUUAAAGCAAUCCUUUACAACUACAGCCCUGAUCCUGCCACUGUUCUUGUGGAUCUGAUUGAGGAGAUACAUGUGUGUUCUGCAGCUUCUAAGCAUGGGAAAUAUCAGCAGCAGGUUAAAGUUGGGGCAAAAACUACACAAUCUGUGCCCUUUGUCAUUAUACCCACAAGGGAAGGACAAUACCGCAUUGAGGUCAAAGCAGCCAUUAAAGGCGACUCAUUGGCCACCGAUGGAGUCAUGAAGAUGCUGCGGGUGGUGCCUCAAGGUGUACUCGUUAAAUCUCCUCAGAUUGUAAUUCUGGAUCCUGAAAAAAAAGGCGUAGAUAGUCAACAAGUAGAAAUUAUCAACAGUGGAAUUCCUACGACAAAUUUUGCUCCAAACACGCCUACGAGCACACAGAUCUCUGUGACAGGAAGACAGCAAGAAAAUAUGCUGAGGAAUGACAUUGAUGGGAAAUCAGUGUAUAUUCUGAUCCAGAAGCCUUCAGGCUGUGGAGAAGAGAACAUGAUCCACAUGACUCGAACUGUCGUUGCAACCAUGUAUUUGGACAAAACCAACCAGUGGGAACCUGUGAACACUGACAGACGUAAUGAAGCCCUCCAACACAUCACAACUGGUUACCUGAAUGAGCUGAACUACCGUAAAAGUGAUGGGUCUUUUGCUGUGUAUCCUGAUCAACAAAGUAGCACCUGGUUGACAGCCUAUGUAGCCAAGGUAUUUGCCAUGGCCAACAAUCUGGUGGCAGUGGCAACCAAUGUUAUCUGUGACGCUGUCAGGUUUCUGAUUCUUAACGCACAGGAACCUGCCGGCACAUUUAGAGAAGUUGGAAAGGUGUACCACGAAGAUAUGAUUGGUGACGUGCUGGGCACAGAUUCAGAUGCCUCCAUGACGGCCUUCUGUCUCAUUGCCAUGCAGGAGUCACGCCCACUGUGUGCUGCCACUGUUAGUAGUCUAUCAUCCAGUAUAAACAAAGCAGUGGCCUACCUGGAGAAGCGUCUGCCCAGCCUCACCAACCCAUAUGCUGUUGCCGUGACAUCAUACGCUCUGGCCAAUGAAAACAAACUGAAUCGGGAGAUCCUUUACAGAUUUGCUUCCCCAGCGUUGUCCUACUGGCAGGUACCUAAGGGACGUGUUUACACACUAGAGGCCACUGCUUAUGCUCUUCUGGCUCUGGUUAAGGCUGAGGCAUUCGAAGAUGCCAGACUUGUUGUCAGAUGGCUCAACAAACAGCCAAGAGUGAGUGGAGGUUAUGAAUCAACUCAGGCUACUUUAAUGGUUUACCAGGCUGUAGCUGAUUACUGGUCCAGCGAUAAAGGACCAGAAUACGAUCUAAAUGUGGACAUAUUGUUGCCAGGCAGGUCAAAGCCGGACAAGUUCAACUUCAACAACGAAAACCAGCACGCCACAAGAACAUCUAAAGUCAAAGAUAUAAACAAGGAUGUGAAAGUGAUUGCCACGGGCAAAGGAAAAGCAACACUCACAAUGGUAUCGCUGUAUUACGCUCUACCCAUAGAAAAGGAAAGUGACUGUCAGAAGUUUAACUUGUCAGUGCAGCUCAUCCCAGAGAAAAUGGAGGAGGAGAACACAUACAAGCUGAGAAUAAACAUUUUGUUUAUGGACAAGGAUCGUGAUGCAGCCAUGUCGAUCUUGGAUAUUGGCUUAUUAACUGGCUUCACUCCGAACACAAACGACCUGAGCUUAUUGGCCAAAGGACGUGCCCGCACUAUUUCAAAGUAUAACAUGAACACUGCUGAUUCAGAAAGAGGCUCACUCAUCAUCUACCUGGACAAGGUUUCUCACACACGACCAGAAGAGAUCACAUUUAGGGUCCAUCAGAAACUGAAAGUGGGCGUCUUACAACCAGCUCCUGUGUCUGUCUAUGAACACAACUAUCAACAGAAUAACCAAACACAGUGUAUGAAGUUCUACCAUCCACAGAGGAGAAGUGGAGAGCUACUGCGACUCUGUAGAAAUGAUGAAUGUAUAUGUGCUGAAGAGAACUGCAGUAUGCAAAAGAAGGGUAACAUCAGCAAUGAUGAGCGCACAGCUAUGGUCUGUGAGACUACUCUGACCAUCAAAAUAGAUUUUGUGUACAAAGUGAGAGUGCAAGGGUUUACAGACAGUUUGUCCACUGACUUUUACACAGCGCAGGUGCUGGAAGUUAUCAAAGAAGGAAGUAAUGAUGUGGGUCCUAUGGGUAAACUGCGCACAUUCCUCAGUUAUCAGCACUGCAGACACGCAUUAGAUCUGAGACAAGGCCAUACCUACCUCAUCAUGGGCGCAUCCAAAGAUAUUUACAGGGAUGAUCGGAGUCAAACGUAUCGGUAUGUACUCGGUGAGAGGACCUGGAUUGAGUACUGGCCCACAGAAGCAGAGUGUAAAACAACAAAAUAUGAACCUACCUGUGUGGGCAUGGAGAAGAUGGUCCAGCAGUACAGAACCCAUGGAUGUCAGCAAUAGAGAAACUGAAGAAAAUAAAACUUUCCUUUCAAACUGUU